AUGGUCGUUAUCCUGAGGCUGAAGUGGCGCAGGGUGACGUCUCCAGCCCGGUUGGGGGCCAAAAUGGCGCAGUCAGUGUUCUACUCUUAUCUCGAUGUUCGCCCCACAAGUUCCUUUGCUCAUCUCACCCAGAACCCUGUUCAUCCUUCAAGUAUACCUAGUGAAAAGGGUGCGUAUGUUGUGACAUUUAAGGAUCAAGUGUUUAAACAAAAAAGACCCCUCCGGAGGGCUCACGCAAAUUGGCAGUACUGCACUUUACUAACUAUGCCUCUAGGCAGCCAUCAAUCCACUUAUUAUGGCUUUCUUUUUUCGAAAUGUAUCGCGCAGUAUGUGGACCAUAUAUCCCAUGGGCGCACGCGUAGACCCAGGUUCCGUGGCUCGUCGGUGGCACCAUCAUUGGUCUGA